UUUUACGCAGAUGAGAUGUCUGUUGUGCUGUUCCACAGGAUGAUUGAAGACUUCAGUUACAGAUACCUGAACCUGCUCGCUGGUAUCUUUACUAGAGAGACCACUAAUUCCUUUUCGCUGCUUUCCGGCGAGAAUGAUAAACUAAACUUGGGUAUACACGAAAUAACUGCGGCACCGCUCCACGCAGAGGUCUAGUAUCGCGAUCAUGUGCCCCAUAAUUCAAUUAAUCGCAGUGCUUUGGCAUUCGUCCGAUGGUAUACUCAUAGCUUCCAUUUCUUUUCAGUGCGUCUGGUUCACCCUCCUCGGAGCAGAAUUUUUAGCCUGCUUCUGAACUAGAGACCGUAUUGUACUACCAAAAUCAUAAUAAAAUCAAUGAUUGGCAUUUGAGCUGGUGUCGGGUACUAUUUUGAAGCGUUUUUCUUUUUAGAUUUCUCAGAGUGCGUAGAAGGAGCGCAGAUAAAAAGAUGACGGCGUCCUCGGAGGUGAGCGAGCAGCAGAAAAUGCUGGAAGCAAAUGCCGGGAAAGAGGGUGCCCGAACCCGGGUUCUCAUCACGGGUGGCGCGGGAUUCAUCGGGUCUCACCUGCUGGAUUAUCUCAUGGAGCGCGGCUAUGAUUGCAUCGUGUGUGACAACUUUUUCACCGGUAAGAAGGACAACGUAGCUCGCUGGAUGGGCCAUCCUAAUUUCGAGAUGAUAAGGUACUAUUCAUUGCAUACGCCACAUACAUUGCCUUUACUUCUCACAUAAGUAGAUUAAAGUGCUGUGCCCCGCUCGCCACGCCGUGUUGUUUUGCCCUGGGGUGUAUUUCCUUUUUUUUUCUUCUAUACUUACACUUAGUCGAUCAUGUCGGUGAAGGAACGCAGAAAGCGUUUGGCUUCAUCUUGAUUCUUCAUUUUUACAUUUAGGAAGUUACCCAUAACGUCGACAGGCACGACAUCGUGGAGCACCUGAUGGUGGAGGUGGACCAGAUCUAUCACCUUGCCUGUCCUGCCAGCCCGGUUCACUAGUAUGCAAAGCAACGGAUGCGCUGCAGCAGAGUAGCGGUCUCUGGCGUUGCCGUUGUAGUUCUGAACAUCAUGAUGACGACAAGGAGCAAUGCCAAGCGCCAACGCAGUUCAUGAAAAAUUAGAAUUAUAUGAGGAGCGCCUCGCCAGUACCAUCGCCGUCCCGGCCUCAUUGUGAUGAUGAUAUUAAGUAUUGCUUUUUGUCAAGAACAGGCCUGAAAAAGAUGCAGCCGCAAGAUGCGACUAAAGUGCGGCCAGCAGGACAGCACUGGACGAGAGAUAGAUCCGUUGCUUUGAUGCAUAAUCCCCAGCACAACGCAAUCAAGACCAUAAAGUGCAACAUCAUGGGAACCAUGAACGUGUGCGGUCUGGCGAAACGAAUCGGCGCUCGAUUGCUACUGGCCUCCACGUCCGAGGUGUAUGGCGAUCCCGACGUGCAUCCACAACCGGAAGAAUAUUUUGGAAACGUAAAUUGUAUCGGCCCAAGGUCGUGCUACGACGAAGGCAAGCGGACGGCAGAAACACUCUGUACAGCGGAAAGACUCACUGCUUGUGCUUGCCCCGUGCAACUGGACACAUUCUUCUGAAGCAGCACCUUGCGAUAUAUUUUUUUCGAAAGUGCCAUUGAUAAUUAUCAGAACCUCCAAUUAUGAUCAAGGUCAUCUUCAUCCCAGGUAUGGACUACCAUCGGCAGCACGGCGUCGAUAUUCGCAUCAUUCGAAUCUUUAACACUUACGGUCCACGCAUGAUUUUCAAUGACGGGCGAGUUGUGUCCAAUUUUAUCGUCCAGGUAUUGAGCUGAGCAUCUCAGGAAAAUUUCGAAUUUCGGUCCUCUUUGCCAGCAUAUUUAUCCACCGCAUCCACAUCGAGCGAUGCUAGCAUGACUCUUGAUGUUUGUUGUCUCUUUCAUGCUAGUAAAAAAGUACUAAAGCUAGAGCUAGUGCAACAUCGUAAUCGUUUGCCUAGAAUAACAAUAAAUGUAUGGGGCAGCAACAGCGAGGAAGUAGGGAUAGGGCAAGCAAACUGCUGGAUGUAAAAAUUCAAUACUCCAAUUCCAAACACUGCUUACAGCAACUUAAAAUCAAACUCAGGCUCUUCGCAACGACCCGAUAACGGUUUACGGAGACGGAUCGCAGAGUUUACAAGUGUGAAAACCAGUUGUGUCGUGUCUUUCAUCCGAAGUGCCUUUUUUUCCGUUAGUUUAUGUCACCAGGAAGCUCAUUGACAUUUUUGUCAUUAACGGUGGCCAUCGCUGAGGAAAUCGCAUGGUGGAACUCGGUGUGAAAAGGACAUGUUGGAGCUGUAGCUCCAACUGCUACAUUAACAACCCGCGUUGCGUAUGUGUAUUCAUGAUCGAGAUGACAUAAAUCAUUAUGACGAAAACGCACCAGCAAAGCUUUAACCAGUACGGAUGUCAACGUUUACGCGACAGUUAUUGCAUUUUCAUAAGGCAGAUCUUUCUGCUAUGUCAGCGACCUUGUCGAAGGAAUCUACCGGAUGAUGAACCAAACGGAAACAAUAGGUAGGCGUUAUUUUGUUAGGGUUUACAACAAUGCUAAUGCUGGUGAAUGAAGAUCGAAUCCGGUCUGCGGACUGAAAAUGAUGGAUAAGCCAUCAAGUUGUGGUCUUCACAAAAAGAAACAUGAACGUGUCAACAAAAAGCGAAGGAGCAUGCAAGAGGACAACCUGUGCCACCAGUACCAAGGGGCGUUUGUAUGGAAAUAAAAGUGAUGUACUAUCUUAUCAGGCCCGAUCAACCUCGGAAACCCGGGGGAGUAUACCAUGAAGGAGCUUGCCGAAGAAGUGAUCAAGUGUCUCCCGAGCACCAACUCGAGCCUGGAGUACCGUCCGCUCCCACAGGACGACCCGAGGAGGCGGAAGCCUGACAUCACGAAGGCGAAGAAGUUUCUGAACUGGGAGCCCACUGUGUCGUUGCAGGCCGGCCUCGCAAAGACGGUGGACGAUUUCUCGACGCGCGCGAAGCGAAACCCGGCGGAACUGGUGUGUAGCCAUCAGAAGGGAGCACAGGUGAAAGCACCCUCACCUGUAUCCACCAUCAGCACGUGACGACGGUUGACGGUGGACAUUUUUCCCCGAGCGAACACGGAGGUGCUAUGUGCAGUUGCGUGUCAAAGAAUCUUCGCAUGCAGAUACAGCUAGCACCUUGUUCCUGGAAGAGAAAGAAUGUAGCUCAUGCUCAGCAACUACAAACAGACAGAGAUAGAUGCUCAAAGUGCUAAUCAACCCUCCUCCACCUGGUCGUGAGGGCGAUAACCCGAGUGCUCUACUCAGGUCAGUCGAUACAACGGGGGCUAAGUUCUGCAAUCUCAAUCUGUUAGACACGAGUUCUUUUUGAUUCCGUGUUGAGCGAGCCACCGCACGUUCGGGAACGUGGAACAAGGGGCGGAGGCGCAUGAUAGAAAUACACGUAUCUGCCCUGUGCAAAUGCUAAUGCUCGGCAUGCUCAUUGUGUAAGUACCCGCGUAGAGAACGAGCGAAAGGUCGCGGAAAUAACUUAGAGUCUGCAUGGAUGUUGAGGCCGCGUGGGUCCGGUGUUACUGUUGAGGGAAGCAAGAAGUGACGUGAUCGGCUCUCACUUGUUUCUUUACUCGCGCAGAAAGGCGAUGCUGCUGCAUCAAGAAAAAUUGACGCUAUUGCUGAGAAACGUGUCUAAAGACCGGGGACUGUAGUUCGAAAAUGUCGGGGUCUGGACCUGGGACCGGAUCGGCUC